AUGAUGACACCGAAAGCUGGUAAAAACGCUUCGGUUUGUAAGAUAUGUUAUGAUACCAGCGAUGGAUUCCAUUUUGGAACAUUGGCAUGUCGUGCCUGUGCAGCAUUUUUUCGUCGUUCAACAGUAGCAAAACGGCAUUAUGUUUGCCGGUAUAAUGAUAUGUGCAAAAUUGAACGAGGUAUGUUCUUCUCAGUUUCAUAA